AGGAGGAGGAGGGUACCAAGGAGGAGAGGCUGCUGCCUGCGAGCAUCGAUGACAUCAACGAGCACAAGAAUCUCCGGAGGCUUCUGGAAAUGGAGGCGCGCGAGUGAGAGAUCCGUGUUUCUGCCUUUUAACGGAAUAUGAUGCUCGAGUCUCCCGAACCUCUUCAACGGCACCGUCACGCAGGAAUACCGGAUCAGACCGCUGAGGAUUAUGAAAACCAGGACAUGAAGCUCAAACACAUCUAGAAAAAAAGAGAAGCGAGUGCGUGCGUCUGGACGUCGGUGAAGCCGUCGAGGGUCAUGGCUGUCCAGAUCGGCAGAGGUCCGGUCCUCCCGGUGCUGCUGCUCCUCUUCAUCUGCCUGCAGAACUCCUGCGACGCCUUGUCGGCGCCGGUGUUCGUGAAGAUCCCCACGGAUCAGAUCGGCGUGUCCGGUGGAGUCGUGUCUUUCGUGUGUCAGGCCACAGGCGAUCCGAAGCCUCAGGUGUUCUGGAACAAAAAGGGCAAGAAAGUGAAUUCACAGAGAAUAGAGACCAUAGAGUUUGACGAAGGGGCGGGGGCGGUGCUUCGCAUCCAGCCACUCAGAGCGCCACGUGAUGAAAAUGCUUAUGAGUGUGUCGCCAAAAACACUGAAGGAGAAAUCACUAAAACCUCCACACUGUCCAUCAUCAGAGAGGACCUGCUGCCCUUCGGCUUCCCCAGCAUCGACAUGGGCCCGCAGCUGAAGGUGGUGGAGAGAACCAGAACCGCCACCAUGCUGUGCGCCGCCAGCGGGAUCCCCGAUCCCGAGAUCUCUUGGUUCAAGGACUUCCUCCCCGUGGAGCCGGCGCUCAGCCAAGGGCGAAUCAAGCAGCUGCGAUCAGGUGCGCUGCAGAUCGAGCGCAGUGAGGAGACGGAUCAGGGGAAGUACGAGUGCGUGGCGUCUAACUCUCAGGGCGUGCGCUACUCGUCCCCUGCUAACUUAUACGUGAGAGGUAUGAAACACAUGCGCCGCGUUCCCCCUCGCUUCACCAUCCUUCCCACCAGCCACGAGAUCAUGCCGGGCGGGAGCGUGAACAUCACCUGUGUCGCUGUCGGUUCUCCGAUGCCCUAUGUGAAGUGGAUGCUCAAUUCGGAGGACCUGACGCCGGAGGACGAGAUGCCCGUGGGACGUAACGUUCUAGAGCUGAACGGCGUGCGAGAGUCGGCCAACUACACCUGCGUCGCCAUGAGCAGCUUGGGAAUCAUUGAGGCCGUGGCGCAAGUUAUUGUUAAGUCUUUACCCAGAGCUCCUGGUACCCCCAUCGUCACGGAGACGACCCCCACCAGCGUCACCAUCACCUGGGACUCUGGUAACCCUGACCCCGUUUCCUAUUACAUCAUCCAGUACCGCGCCAAAUCCCCAGACAGCAAGUACGAGACGGUGGACUCCAUCACCACCACCCGCUACAGCAUCGGUGGCCUCUACCCCAACACUGAGUACGAGAUCCGCGUUUCUGCCGUCAACACCAUCGGCCAGGGUCCGUCCAGCAACAAGGUGGAAGCUCGAACUGGAGAGCAAGCCCCCGCCAGCCCGCCGCGGAACAUCCAGGCGCGCAUCAUAUCCCAGAACGCAGUGAUGGUGCGCUGGGACGAGCCGGAGGAGCCCAACGGUUUGAUCAAAGGCUAUCGAGUGUAUUACACCAUGGAUCCUUCGCAGCCAAUGAGCAACUGGCAGAUCCACAAUGUUCAGGACAGCAUGAUUACGACCAUCCACAGCCUCGUGCCGUCCGAGACGUACACCAUUCGUGUGCUGGCGUUCACAUCUGUGGGAGAUGGACCCUUCUCUGAUCCCGUUCACGUCAAAGUGAGACCUGGAGUUCCUGGGCAGCCGGGGAAGUUCCAGGUUGGUAAAGUGACCGACACCAGCGUGGAGUUGACCUGGGAACCUGCGUACUCCAAAGAGCCCGUGAAAGCCUACGAACUCAUCUACAAAUCUCCAGAUCUCGGUGUUCAGGAGAAGAGGAAUUUUGAGCCCAGGACGUCGUAUGUGGUGGAGGGUCUGCGCGCCAACACCGAAUACACCUUCUCUCUGGCUGCCGUUUCCAACAAAGGCAUCGGAGCAUUCACCAACGAGAUCAAUCAACGCACGGCGCAAGCAAAGCCCACGUCUCCUCCGCGCGAGGUCCGCUGCUCCGCCGCCGGCUCCACCUCGCUGUCGGUAAGUUGGGCUCCGGCCCCGGAGGAGCAGCAGAACGCGGCGCCGCUCGGGUACGAGGUGCGUUAUCAGGUCAGCGGCAAUGACACCGGCGGGUUUGACUCACCGCAGACGCUGCGUCUGGAGCCGGAUGUGGAACAGACACUCCUGAAGGGCCUGCGGCGCUGGAGCUUGUACCGCGUCACGGUGGCGGCGCUGACGGAGCAGGGCGACGGACCCCAGAGCCAAGCUGUAGAAUGCAGAACUGAUGAAGAUGUGCCCGGAGCUCCGCCCCGUCAGGUGGACGUCCAGCCCCUCAACAGCACCUCUGUUAAAGUGUUGUGGAGCUCUGUGUUGCCGGGGCAACGGAACGGGCAGAUCCGUGGUUACCAGGUUCACUAUGCGCGUAUGGAGAACGGGGAGUCACAAGGCCUGCCGCGCAUCAAAGACAUGAUGCUGGACGAUGCCCAGAGGGACGUGGAUGAGACGGCACAAUAUGAGCUGAUCAUCGAGGAUCUGCAGCCUGAGACGCUGUACUCCAUCAGUGUGGCGGCCUACACCGUCAAGGGUGAUGGAGCUCAGAGUGUCGCUCAUCUGGUGCAGAUGCCCGUCGCAUUACCGGCUCGUCCCGUUCUGUCCGUUCAGCUGGUUAAUGAGACGUCUGCGGCUGUGAUCUGGACGACCCAACAAUCCUCCAACCCUCUGCUAGAGGUCCUGGGCUUUCGUCUGACCUACGGCCUUAAAAACGACUCCCGCUCUUUCUCUGUGGACGUCAGACCUGAAGAGCGUCGGCACAUCGUGAGCGAUCUGCGUCCUGGAGGCGUCUACUCAUUCCUCCUGGCCGCUAGAGGGCGCUCUGGAUACGGCGAAGAGGCUGAAGAGGAGCUUCCAGUGCCCGAGUUUCCUCCCAAAGGUUUUCCGCAGCUGUCGGAGCGCGUCAAUGCCACCUGCUGCUCGCUGCAGUUCACCUGGCUCCCUCCGAGCGGCGUUUAUACGGGAUACACGCUCGCGUACGAGGAAGCGGGUGGUGGCAUUGAACCGCGGACACUGACGGUACCGGCGGACGUGUCCAGCUACACCAUUCACGGGCUGAACCCGGACCGGGUGUACGCUGUGAGAAUGUCGGCUCACAACGGCGCUGGCUCGGGCCCGUAUAGCCCACAGGUGCUGUACCGAACGACUGCCUUCGACACAGACGUGCCGAGGAAUUUCUCAGUGAAUCUGGCGACUAAGACGAGUGUGUUGCUGACGUGGGAGUUUCCAGAGAGCAGCGCCCCCUAUCGCUUCACUGUGGAGUACAACCGGCAGAAGAUGGAGGUGGACGCUCGUCUGAGGAAGGCGGUUAUUCCGAACCUACAGCCGGACACCAGUUAUGACUUCAAGAUCACCAGCCCCGAGGGGAACAUGGGCGGACUCAGACACCGCAUACACGCCAAGACCUCACCGCCCAUCCUGAUCCGCCGGCCCGAGGUGGACCACACGCGAGAGGCCGAAGCCACCGUCACCAUCAUACUGCCGUCACUGGACACCAGGAGCAACGUGAGGAACAUCUAUGUGGUGGUGGUUCCUCUGAAGAGAGCCAGAGGAGUGAUUCGCCAUCUGAAGAGCCCAGACGAGAUGGACCUGGAGGAGCUGCUGAAGGACAUCAGUCAGAAGCAGCGAGACCCGCGGCAGCGUCAGGUGGACCUGCGGAGAGCUUACAUCACGGCCCGCUUCACGCCCGCCACCCUGCCCGCCUUCUUCACGCUGGGCAACCAGCAGGACUACGGCGGCUUCGAGAACCGGGCCUUAGAGGCGGGUCAGGAGUACGUCUUCUUCAUCCUGGCUGAGCUCAACUCCACCACCGGGAAGAUGUUUGUGGCCAGCCCUUACACCGACCCCGUGAUCGCGCCCGACUCGGACCCACAGCCUCUGGACGCGGGCGACGGCCUCAUCUGGGUGGUGGGACCCGUCCUGGCCGUGGUCUUCAUCAUCUGCAUUGUCAUCGCCAUCCUGCUCUACAAGAAUAAACCCGACAGCAAACGCAAGGACUCUGAGCCGGGAACCAAAUGUCUGCUGAACAAUGCCGAGAUGAUGGCUCACCAUCCCACUGACCCCGUGGAGAUGAGACGCAUCAACUUCCAGACACCAGGUAUGAUGAGUCACCCGCCCAUCCCCAUCUCUGAUCUGCCCGAACACACGGAGCGCCUGAAGGCCAACGACAACCUGCAUCUGUCGCAGGAGUACGAGUCGAUUGAUCCUGGUCAGCAGUUCACAUGGGAACAUUCAAACCUGGAGGUGAACAAGCCAAAGAACCGCUACGCCAACGUGAUCGCGUACGACCACACGCGUGUCGUUCUCGCACCGGCAGACGGCAUUAUGGGUAGUGACUACAUCAACGCGAACUACAUUGAUGGUUACAGGAAGCAGAACGCAUAUAUUGCCACCCAGGGGCCGCUGCCGGAGACCUUCGGUGAUUUCUGGCGGAUGGUGUGGGAGCAGAGAGCCGCUUCAGUGGUCAUGAUGACUAAACUAGAGGAGAAAUCACGGAUCAAGUGUGAUCAGUACUGGCCCAGUCGCGGCACGGACACGUACGGGGCGGUUCAGGUCACUCUGCUGGACACGAUGGAACUGGCCACAUUCUGUGUGCGAACCUUCUCUCUGCAUAAGAGCGGCUCCAACGAGAGGAGAGAGGUCCGGCAGUUCCAGUUCACGGCUUGGCCCGACCACGGUGUUCCCGAAUAUCCCACUCCAUUCCUGGCCUUCCUCCGCAGGGUCAAAGCGUGCAACCCGCCGGACGCCGGUCCCGUCAUCGUCCACUGCAGCGCUGGCGUGGGCCGCACCGGCUGCUUCAUAGUGAUCGACGCCAUGCUGGAGCGCAUCCGUCACGAGCGGACGGUGGACGUGUACGGUCACGUGACCCUGAUGCGCUCGCAGAGGAACUACAUGGUGCAGACGGAGGAUCAGUACGGCUUCAUCCACGAGGCGCUGCUGGAGGCCGUGGCCUGCGGGAACACGGAGGUGGCGGCGCGGAGCCUGUACUCCUACAUACAGACGCUGUCGCAGGUGGAGGCGGGAGAACACGUGAGCGGAAUGGAGCUGGAGUUCAAGCGUCUGGCCAACACUAAAGCACACACCUCCCGGUUCGUCAGCGCUAAUCUGCCCUGCAACAAAUUCAAGAACCGGCUGGUGAACAUCAUGCCGUACGAAACCACACGCGUGUGUCUGCAGCCAAUCAGAGGCCUGGAAGGGUCCGACUAUAUCAACGCCAGCUUCAUCGACGGAUACAGGCAGCAGAAGGCGUAUAUCGCGACGCAGGGGCCGCUGGCGGAGACCACGGAGGACUUCUGGCGGAUGCUGUGGGAACACAACUCCACCAUCGUGGUGAUGCUGACCAAACUGCGCGAGAUGGGACGGGAGAAGUGUCAUCAGUACUGGCCGGCGGAGCGUUCGGCUCGAUAUCAGUACUUCGUGGUGGAUCCCAUGGCAGAAUACAACAUGCCGCAGUACAUCCUGAGAGAGUUCAAAGUCACCGACGCCAGGGAUGGACAGUCCAGAACCGUCAGACAGUUUCAGUUCACUGAUUGGCCAGAACAAGGUGUUCCAAAGUCAGGGGAGGGUUUCAUUGAUUUCAUUGGACAGGUGCAUAAAACCAAGGAGCAGUUCGGUCAGGAUGGACCAAUCACAGUGCACUGCAGUGCGGGCGUCGGGCGCACAGGUGUGUUCAUCACUCUCAGUAUCGUGCUGGAGCGGAUGCGUUACGAGGGCGCCGUCGACAUCUUCCAGACCGUCAAAAUGCUGCGCACACAACGGCCGGCGAUGGUGCAGACUGAGGACGAGUAUCAGUUCUGCUAUCAGGCCGGUCUGGAGUACCUUGGAAGUUUUGAUCACUAUGCAACAUAAGAGAAGAAGAACACCAACAUGUCAAACCUUCCCCCUCAACAACCCCACAAACACUCGCAGAGGAACAAACUCAUACAGCGCAGAUGUUCUCUCAGAACCUCCGGAGACGCAAACUAUUACCUCAGUGUUCAAAUAUUGAUAUUAAUGUUGUGGUCGGCUUUUUAGAAAUAUUAAACUGUGGAUGAAGAUCUUCUUCGUAACAAGAGGAAAAUAUUACAUGUACAAAAUCUAUUUAAAGCAAAACAACAACAACAAAAAAAAGAAACUAUGAAAUCAAAAGCCUGGAUAAUUGCUGCACCCUUCAGUGGGAGUUUCUUCAAACUGUAUUUGCCAACGUCAGACGUGAGUUAGUGUGAACGAAGGGAACGCGAGUCAUCGUUGCCAUCCGGACCGCAGAUCUCCUACCUUCUGUGCCUAACGGAGCGACCGCAGAACCGCAGCCAACGCGUCGACGUGAUGUAAUCUCUGCUCCGGAGCUCGUGGACCAGACGGACUGAACUCCUGUGAAUACUGUAUUUCGGUGUGUCUCUACAUGACUAUAUGCUGCUUACGCCGUGUUUGGGUGGCCAAGGGAGUUUUCAAUGCUUGAAUCUCGUAUCUGUAUCAUGUUCUUUUGCUCCUUUCAGCUGUGGCAUAAUGUUCUACGCCUAGUCUUUAUGGUGAGACGGAAGAGGGACGAUUAUUCAGCCCAAAACAUAUAAGCGAUUCAGCACGCACAUUCUAGACACGGCGAGGAGGGAUCGUGGGCGAAGACGAGGUCCGUUCCCCAGUAUUUCCAGUCACUGAAUCAGAUCUAGAUCGUUGUCCUCGCCCAUUUCCCCUCAAACAGAUGUCCGGACGGCGGUUUCUGCUCGUCUGUUUGACCCGUUCUCGCAGCGAAACUCUUCCUGUCAUGUUUAGUUUAGCCGAGGCGUGAUGUUUAGGAGUAGCGCAGGAAACGAGCCGGUUCGGAGACGUGAAGUGAGCCUUAUCGUUGUUGUCAAAUAUUUAAUCGACCUGAUUUUUUAUUUCAUUUUGUUGAUAUUAUGCUUGAAUUUUUAAGGAUCUAUUUAUUUACAUGAUUUUUAUGGCAAUAUAAUUUGUGAGCUGUGGUGUAGUUGGCCAGCUAAUGUGACUGUACAUGGCUCAGAUGUACAGUGUUGUGCUUCGUAACCCUCUCAGAUAUUUUGAUAUUUCCUGUGCACUGAUUGUUCUAGAGGAAGCCAACGGCCCGCGGCCCUCCGGAGCCCAAACCGCACCGAAUCAGUCCAGUCGUGACGUAUCGCAAACCGAGAUAUUACACAUGUUCCUCAUCAGCAUUAAUGGCAUAAUCAGUCAAACAAAGUGAGUUGAAGCACACGCAGGUUUGAAGAGCCCAGAGAACCUCAGAUCAAGUUUUGAAUACAGUGAUGCACCGUGGUAAACUGCACUAAUUCAACCCAACAAAAACUACCAGGGUAAUACCAUGUUAACAUGAUUGACUGAAAUGUGAUGGAUGGCUGAUAAAUGUAUUGAUAGCAAGUGAGAUUUAAGGCAUAGUCACAUUUACAGAUGUUGUGCGACUUUUCAAGGAGCGAAAUACAGUCGUUUCAAUAGGAAUACAUGCAAAUUUCACAAAAGCACAUUUCGCAAAUUGUUCAAGUUGGUUGCGUGGAUUUGUGUUAUGCAUCGCAAUAGAAAAUAGUUUUUGACCUGCAAAAUUUCACUAAUGUGAUCACACCUUUACACAAAACUGCUUCUGUUGGCCAAAGUGAAUGCGGUUUAAUCUCAAACAUGACCAAAUAUCAGCGGAUUAAUGGUCCUGUUCGGUCAGCACAUCAGAGAAGCGUGGUUUCAGCAUCUGAUGCAUCACUGUACCGUUUUACCAGCUCAAUACUAGUCAGCGAGACGCCGAUCUGCAUCAGCACAGAGUUUUUCUCUCAUGAAGUUAAAGCACAUUCAGACAUUGAGACACGAUUCUCACUAAUUAAAAUGUUCCUUUAAAGACGAAAGCACACAAAUAACCCCUCAAUCAGCUGUCAAAGCAACAAUUGAUCAGACGAGCGGUGAGUGAACGUGGGCCGAGUGCUGAUGACGUAGUGGUUCACUUUUCUCUGCUUAUUGAUUUCAGAUCAUGUGUGUAGAUAUGUCGACUUUGUAUUAAAACAGAACGACUGGAUAUACUGACAUGAA